CUGGCAAACAGUCCGAAGCAACAAAAGGAAGCCCGCACUAUCGACCUUCAUUCUUCAUUCUUCAUCUUCUGUUCUCUUUUUCUCACCAACGAGAUACAACAGCCUUGAAUCAUAUCUCAUUCCUCUGUCAGACCUUUUUUCGACUUCAAGUGCUCAUCGACCACAUCACCACCUGAUACCACGCCGUCAGCACCCAGUCAGCGACCCACCUUGGGGGUUACCGUUGCAGCAAUGGCUCGAGUGACUCCAGAGAGCCUCAUCUUCGAGCGUGCUGAAAACGACCAGAUAACGAAACUCUUCCAGAACAACUCCCAAGUCUGGGCAGGGUCUCUGUCACAGGCUGCCUACCUUGACAUCCAAGAGAAGCUUGCCGACACCGAGGCCUCCAUGGGCAACACGUCGCACUGGAUUCUUCGCAGGCCUGAAGAUCCGAUGGCCGUCAUUACGAGCUGCACGACCUAUAUGCGAGACGCCAUUGCUACGACUGGCCAGGGCACACGUAAUAGCAGGGCUGUUAUCGUCACGAAUGUCUUCACACACUCCGAGCACCGUAUGCGUGGCAUGGCGAAGCUGCUGCUCAAGAAACUGCAGGACCACAUGGACCGAGGCAAUUUGGGGAAUGCAGAGUUCAGUGUGGUAUACGGGGAUGUCUACAUGGAUUUGUUUCAGGGGCUGGGGUGGAAGCCACUCCCGGCGACGCAGCUUCGCAUUUCACUUGGUCAGAUGAAGAAGCUCCAGGAACGGAGUCAUGUUCCGGGAGCCAAGUUCCUUGGGUACACGGACGUCUGUGAACUUUCUGAUGCGGACAUGAACACCAGCAAGCUCCGCCUCUCGGGCCACCGGGAUCGCAAGGUCCACGUCCAGAUCCUUCCCACCAAGCCAUUGAAGUGCUGGCACCUGAUGCGUUCGCAACUCCUCAGCCAACACCUUGGCCGGGGCGAGCUGGCCAAGCAACGACACGGGGCGAGCUCCCACGUUAAACAGCCGGCCUGGGCGUGGUGGGUGCAUGACUACCGCACGCGGAGACUCUGCAUCGCACGGCUGUAUGUGGCACGUCGUAAAGGGAUGGAGGAGGGCGUGCGGCCGCUUCUGGAGGCGGCAGUGAUCGAGGCGUCGGUGUGUGGGUUGCGUGAGGUGGUUAUCUGGGAGCCCAGCGAGCAGGUCAUCCAGGCAGCGGCGAAGCUUGCGGAGACGUAUGGCCAAGGCCUGAGCAUCUCGCAGGGGGAGAGGUUGGAGAUGGUGCCAUGCCUGCGAUGGAAGGGCGGUGAGGACCGGGAUGUUGUGAUGGAGGAGAGGGAGUUGUACGGGUGGUCCUAGAUGGAGUUGGAUUUAGCCUGCGGAAGGGAAGAGGGUGAGUUGAGCAAAGUUCAGGGCUCACAUGGUGCUUGUUUCGUGUAGGAGCAUGACCAAAGGCAGGGUUGAGGUUUCGAGGAUGACGGAGGAUUUAUGGACUUCUCUCCGGGGCUGAGAUAGGUGCAUCCAGCGCGCCAUAGUUGCCAAUUCAGUGCAAAAAAGCUCUCAUUCGGUUCAGCAAGGGCUAUCGGAAUUUUUCCGUCUAC